AUGGGGUCAAACAUUAAGGCGGUUACUGCUUAUCAUAUGUGGAUUAAUGGUCAAGUUAAGGUGUUAAAUAGAGAAGUGAAGCAAAUUCUCGAGAAAACGGUAAGUGCAAGUAUGAAAGAUUGGGCUUUCAAGCUUGAUGACGCUCUAUGGGCACAUUGCAGUGCUUAUGAAACUCCAAUUGUCACUUCUCCAUACAUGUUAGUUUAUGAGAAAGUGUGUUACUUGCCCAUUGAGCUGGAGCACAAGGCACGUUGGACAAUCAAAAAGCUCAACUUUGAUGUGGACUUAGCCAGAGAGAAAAGGAUGUUGCAACUCAAUGAACUUGAUGAAUUUCGGUUGCAUGCAUAUGACAAUGCCAAGUUGUAG